AUGCAUCACCUCAAAAGCAGACCCUCAGCAGUACCUAAAGGACUUCCUGUUACUUCGCGAAGGGGCUCUGUUCGUAAGAGCCAUAAAAGUUCGGAAAAUCUUCGUGGACGAGCUGGAGCUGUAAAAAAUAAACUAGUUAAACAUUUACCAAGGGGCCUGGAGAAGAAAAAAGAAGAAACAAAGGAUUUUGAAGCCUCGAAAUAUAGUGAGCAUGGAAUCCCAGGAUCCACAUUGCUGCAAACAGACUGGAUGGCCAGAUCAAGCUUCCGAAGCUGGAAGGGACUUAAAAAUCUUCAAAAAGGCAAUAUGUUUGUUAUCAGUCUGUCUGCAGCAGAUGUCAUUGAUGCAGUUUAUCCAUACCCUUUGCAUAUCAGAUCCAUUUUACAAAACCAGUGGCAGUUUGGAGAAGUUCAGUGCCAAUUGGCAGCAUUCUUUCAUGGUCUGAGUUGCAAUGCUUCUCUUUACAACAUUAUGUCAAUAGCAAUCAAUUUUAAUAAUGAAAGCAAUGACAACAUCAGAUCCUUUGCUGGAAAUGACACUGCUUUGCCAGCUUCUGAGAUCUCCAAAACUGUAACAAUUUUGCUGGCCACUGUGAUGAUCUUCACAACCACCAUGGACAUCUUUGGGAACAUACUAGUGAUGCUGUCUGUGUUACACAACAGAAAACUCAGGAAUGCUGGUAAUAUGUUUGUCAUCAGUCUUUCUGCAGCAGAUGUCCUUGGUGCUGUUUAUCCAUACCCAUUAAUUAUCAGAUCUAUUUUGCAAAACCAGUGGCAAUUUGGAGAAAUACAAUGCCAGAUUUCAGCUGUCUUUCAGGGUUUGAGUUUCAACGCUUCUAUCUAUAACAUCAUGGUGAUAGCAAUCAAUCGCUGGUGCUGCAUUUGUCAUGCAAUGAGCUAUGAGAAGAUAUUUACUAUGAGAAACACCUGUUUCUUUAUAUUCUUAGCAUGGAUAAUUAGCUUUAGUUUAGUUUUACCAGUUCCCAUAGUGGGAGCAUUACAAUAUAAUCCACAUGUAUACAUUUGUACAUUCCUAGCCAAUGUAAAUGAAGCAUUUACUAUUGGUGUUACAGUCUGUCUUUACAUUUUUCCAGUAAGUAUUGUAAUUCUGUGUUAUGGCAAUAUCUGGAUUACAGUCAUACAGGUCAAAUACAGACUCAAAAAAGACAGCAAGCAAACUCUACAACCUUCAGAUAUGAGGAACUUUGUGACAAUGUUUUCAGUAUUUGUGGUUUUUGCCAUUUGCUGGGCUCCAUUCACUAUUCCUGGCUUGAUUGGAGCUUUCAGCCCUCCAGGAAAGGCACCAAAUUUCCCAGACUGGUUGUUUGUCCUUGGUUUCUUUAGUGCCUGCUUCAACAGCUGCCUCAAUGGUAUUGUUUAUGGGAUUUUUAAUAAGAAUUUUCGGCAGGAAUACAAACGUAUACUGUGGUCACUGAUAACAUUUAUAAUGAGAUGCAUAAAUUGA